CGUGACGUCACACCGAGAGUGGCACUAGUCUUCGGCCAUUUUGUGAGUGUGUGCUUGGUUGAGGUAUUUGUGUUACAAAUAAUACCGGAGCUGCGAAAUCGAAUGAUUUAGUUUAUUGAUAGGGUAGUUUCUAGUUGAAUUACAUGUGCUAAGUGUAAAUCGGGUAUUGAACGUUGCCUAGAUCCGCACGAUGGAGGAGAAGGCGUCUCUCAAGGAGCUUGACCAUUGGAUUGAACAGUUGAACGAGUGCAAACAACUGACAGAAAGCCAAGUUAAAACACUAUGCGAUAUGGCAAAGGAAAUCUUGGCCAAGGAGUCAAACGUCCAAGAAGUCAAAUGUCCUGUAACAGUCUGCGGAGAUGUUCACGGACAGUUCCACGACCUAAUGGAACUGUUCCGAAUAGGUGGCAAAUCACCUGAUACAAAUUACCUAUUUAUGGGUGAUUACGUCGACCGUGGCUACUAUUCAGUUGAAACCGUUACUCUCCUUGUUGCGCUCAAGGUGAGGUAUCGUGAGAGAAUAACAAUUCUCCGUGGUAAUCACGAGUCGAGACAGAUCACCCAGGUUUAUGGAUUUUAUGACGAGUGUCUGCGCAAGUAUGGUAACGCUAAUGUAUGGAAAUUCUUUACCGAUUUAUUCGACUAUUUGCCUCUGACUGCACUAGUCGACGGUCAGAUUUUCUGUCUCCACGGAGGUCUGUCGCCCUCUAUCGAUACUCUGGAUCACAUCCGCGCCCUGGAUCGUCUUCAAGAGGUUCCGCACGAGGGCCCUAUGUGCGAUCUUCUAUGGUCAGAUCCUGACGACAGAGGAGGAUGGGGUAUUUCUCCCCGUGGAGCAGGUUAUACCUUCGGCCAAGAUAUUUCAGAGACGUUCAAUCACUCUAACGGUCUAACCCUUGUUUCGCGAGCUCAUCAGUUGGUUAUGGAAGGUUAUAAUUGGUGUCAUGAUCGUAACGUUGUGACUAUAUUUUCGGCGCCCAAUUAUUGUUAUCGUUGUGGCAACCAAGCGGCAAUUAUGGAACUGGACGAUGCAUUGAAAUAUUCAUUCCUUCAGUUCGAUCCUGCACCAAGGCGCGGCGAGCCGCAUGUAACCAGGCGGACGCCAGAUUACUUCCUCUAAAGAUUCUAGCAAAAAAGAAAAUAAUAACAAAACACAAACAAAUAAAAACUGGAUGUAGUUAUUAAGGUAGGAGGAAGACAUGGAACUGGCUUUAUAAAGAUGCCAAGAAUAUAACUUUACAAUAGAAGAUCGGUGUGUGUGUAGAGCUUUGAAAACGAAAAAAAAAACUCUACACGCCAUAUUAUAGUGUCGCGUAUUAUAAUUAUGGCCUCCUUAUUUCAGCAUCCCACACGUAAUCAUUUAAACGCGAACAAGAAAUAAUGUUCACAUCCUAAUUAAAUCAACCUUUAAAACGUUCAGUUUUUACAAGUUCAAUCCAUUGCUUGUAUUUUUACGUUUAAAACAACAAAAAUCCAACAAAUGAUAGCGAGAAACAAAAAAAAUAAAUAAAUAAAUAAAAUAAAAAUGAAAAAAUAAUAAUUAAAUCAUCAUGGACAAAAGUAACAAACGUCAAAUAAUUACCACGUAACGUGGAUAAUUUUUAUUGUAAAGCAAUUCGUAGCCAGUUUUUGAUGAAUCGUUGGUACACACUCAAUUAUACUGGACAUGAUGUAUUGUAAUAAUAGGAAGAAAAAAAAAAGUCAACGAAAUAAAAAAUACAUCAUCGGAGUAUAAACUAUACAUUCGAAACUGGCCACCAUUUACGCUAAAUAAUAAUUAUAGUUUGUAUUCAGUGACGAGCAAUUAAAGUCACUACCGGUUUGUAACAAGUAUAUAGGAAGCACAUUGGGUUACAAGUGGGAAACGUGUAUGGUACGUAAACACACUUGUGGCGAUUCUUGUUAUAAUCAAUGAAAAGGAACGAGCAAAAAUCAGAACUUCGAUGUUCGAGAUGAUGCUGACAUUUUUACUAAUAAAUCAAAUAAAUGAUGCUUAUGGAUAUCCGAUUAAAAAUAAAUAUCUAUCGUGUUAAACAGUUGACGACGACGCGUUACGAACAGCCAGAAUUAUUUGACAAACUGCUUAUCCAGUUUGAGGGUGGGUUGUUGGUCGAUUGCAGAACUGGGUAACAAAUAAAAAGAAAAAAAAAACAUAAAUAAAUAAACAAUAACAAUAAAAACACGUGCAGAUGUAUUCGUAGGCGUAAGCGUGCAAAUUGCAAGUAUACAUAAUGUCAUAAUUAAUUAUUAAAGUAGUGCUCCUAGAGUGGUGGCUUUCAUAUUAUAAUUAUUAUACAAACGAGGAGGUAAACGUAAAAAAUCUAUAGGUGCACUUUUUAGCCAUUUGUCUAAACAGCGUUUGAAUACCCAAUCAGAUUUGAGAAAGCGAGGGACGUAGCACGCUAAUCUCACGCCCUGUUUAAACUCCAAAAUUGAACAUCAAUCGCUCCGGGAAGGAAUCAUUAUUUCUGUGCGCUACAGAAUCGAGCAUUUCUCUCAUUUUAUAUGCAAAAACAAAUUAAGAAGAAAUCACAUUAAAUAAAUGGUAAUUAUGGAAAAAAAAAACAGUGAAUUUGAAUUUACAGAUAUAGCUAAUAGAUUGUAAUACGAACAAAUGAAAUCACUUUCAAUGACAUACCUAUCUACACGUCCACAACACAACCCCACUUUCGUACACACAACUCACAAAACAAUGUAGAAAUCUAAAAACUGUAUUCUUCGUUUUUUUAAUUGUAGCAUUAAUUCUUGUAUAAAUACUAUUCAAACCUAUUAACUAGUACGGACAAAACAUAGAACAACAAAUUAUCGCGCCGAAUAUACUACUGAAAAAUUAAUUCUGUUUUUGCACCGAAACAAAAAAAAAAAAACAAAAAAAAUUAAAAUAAAUAAACAAACAAACAUGCUGCUCGUCAUUUCUCUGACAUUUACAGACGAAGAAAAUUCUAAUGAAAA